GUCCUAGACAUUAGGUGCUGCAGACUGGGAGGUCUUCCACAUCGGGGAGAGGAUCUUCCUCGCCGUGGCCAACAGUCACAGCUACGAUGUGGAGAUGCAAGUCCAGAAUGAGUCCUACGUCAUCAACUCUGUCAUCUACGAGCUGAAUGUGACCGCGCAGGCCUUUGUCAAGUUCCAGGACAUUCUCACCUGCAGUGCUCUGGACUGGGAGUUUUUCUCGGUGGGAGAAGAUUCCUUCCUGGUGGUCGCUAACUCCUUUGAUGGGCGCACCUUCUCGGUGAACAGUAUUAUUUACAGGUGGCAGGGCUACGAGGGCUUCGUGGCGGUGCACAGCCUCCCCACCGUGGGCUGCAGGGACUGGGAGGCCUUCAGUACCACGGCCGGCACCUACCUCAUCUACUCCAGCGCCAAGGAGCCCCUCUCCAGGGUCCUGCGGCUGAGGACACGCUGAGGCCGCUGCCAUCGGGAGCAGCUGGAGUGGCCGGAUGGGGCGAGACCCCAGGACCUCCCGCUAAAUGGCCCUGGACAUCUGGUGGGCAGAACCUCGGGUAGCCGGGGCCUGGGCUGUGGGCAGGGUGCAGGUGGGGCCAUCUGCAGCCUUGGUUCGGGCAGGAACAUGUAUCCACUUCUGAGCCACAGCCCCAGGGACAGCCUGGCCACAGCCCACAGCUCUGGGUCCUGCAGGCGGAGGUCCAGAGUCCCCACCAGCUCUUGCCCAUCUGAGUGUCAGGCAGGGAUUUCGCCACCAAUGAAACGUUCUAUAAAGAUUUACCUCAAACAACAGGCCCUCAGGCUUGUGACCCCGA